UUCACCCCCCUGCCUGCGGACUGAAGCAGUCGCUAGAGUUUCUUCGUCGUCUGCUUUUAGUGCUAGGUCUGGGGUUAAGAGCCCGAACAGCCUCUGGAAAGAAAAGAGGGGGAAAGUUUGAAAAGUUUUCCUGCGCUAAAGAAGGAUUUAAUGCACAACUAAAGUUUUAAGCGCAAAUAGUUGUGAAUGCAUCUGUGAAGUGGACUGAAUGACUUCUGACUGCUUUUGUCUGCUAAUUUCUCUAAUAAGGAGGAAAAGGCUUUUGUCGCUCCUGUUGCGCGCCGCACGCGCAGCGCGUUUGUUUGCGCUCUUGUCAAACUAUCGAAUGUUUAAUUGACACCUGUUGCGUGACGUCGUAACGCCCGGUAAGUGUAUCAAAACUUUGAAAAGAUUAAAUCGAGUCAUUUUCGCGGAACUUUUUUUUUUCUUUUCUUGCAAUGGACAGCGCCGUGUUUUGGAGUAUGUUCUUCGCUUUGUAAGUGAAUGAAAGAAGAGAAAAAACACUGGAAACUCAAGCGCCAAGGUAAAUUGAUCGGAGGUGGAAUUGUUUCAUAGUUUUAGAAGUAACUCCUACUUUGUAAGCGCUUCAAAAGAACAUAACGGAGAGCAGAAGACCAACUUCAGCUGUCAAGAACUUUGGAGGAACUUUUGGAGACCUACACUGAACGGACAGAUCUGCAAACAAAGGAGGCUCUUCACAUUUCCAUUUCUUGGACGAGGAAGGAUGGAUGUGAGAAUGAACCAAGGACACCUACUUCUGGCAGUGACCCUCAUCGUCUGCAACUCACAGCUGCUGGUGGUCGCCAACUCAUGGUGGUCAUUAGCCAUGAACCCCAUCCAGAGACCGGAGAUGUACAUCAUUGGAGCACAGCCUCUGUGCAGCCAGCUGACGGGCCUGUCUCAGGGUCAGAGGAAGCUCUGCCAGCUCUAUCAGGACCAUAUGGUUUAUAUCGGAGAGGGGGCGAAGACGGGCAUCAAGGAGUGUCAGUAUCAGUUCAGGCAGAGGCGAUGGAACUGUAGCACAGUGGACAACACAUCAGUGUUCGGCCGAGUCAUGCAGAUAGGCAGCAGAGAAACAGCUUUUACUUACGCCAUCAGUGCAGCAGGCGUUGUGAAUGCGGUGAGUCGGGCGUGCCGUGAGGGUGAGCUCUCCACCUGCGGCUGCAGCCGGGCGGCUCGUCCCAAAGACCUCCCGAGAGACUGGCUAUGGGGCGGCUGCGGGGACAACGUCAACUACGGCUACCGUUUCGCCCGGGAGUUUGUGGACGCCCGUGAGCGCGAGAAGAACUACCCACGUGGAUCGGUCGAGCAUGCACGCACGCUUAUGAAUCUACAGAACAAUGAAGCCGGGAGAAUGGCAGUGUACAAUCUGGCCAACGUCGCCUGCAAGUGUCAUGGCGUCUCCGGCUCAUGCAGUCUGAAAACCUGUUGGCUCCAGCUGGCUGACUUUCGUCGUGUGGGUGAGUUCCUGAAGGAGAAGUAUGACAGCGCCGCCGCCAUGCGCAUCAGCCGACGAGGCAAGCUGGAGCUGGUCAACAACCGCUUCAACCCCCCGACGGGCGAGGACCUGGUCUACAUCGACCCCAGCCCGGACUACUGCCUGCGUAACGAGACCACCGGCUCUCUGGGCACCCAGGGCCGCCUGUGCAACAAGACCUCGGAGGGCAUGGACGGCUGCGAGCUCAUGUGCUGUGGUCGCGGUUACGACCAGUUCAAGACCUACAAACAUGAGCGUUGCCACUGCAAGUUCCACUGGUGCUGCUACGUCAAGUGCAAGCGCUGCACGUCGCUCGUAGACCAGUUCGUGUGCAAGUAGCAGCCUAGGGACGGGAUAGACGCCCUUGGAGAGGCACUGAGCAAUUAGCGGGAGAAGAACGGGACCCUUAACGGACCCAGAGGGGGAACUUAGAGAUAAUUAAAUGUAAAAUGAUAUAUUAAAUAGCAACAAAUUAAAGUAUAUAAGUAAGUGUACGUGUGCCGUUGAUAGUAAUUUAAUGACCUUUUCUGACUCAAGAAUCAAAAGUUGGACGUCAUUGAUGAAAAGGAGGCACCGGUGUGAUGUAUUCCGGCUCAAGCUGUUGUUCUCUCUGUCUUUGAAUACGGAGAGGCGCGGACUUCUAAAAGGAAGAGCCUACAAACUCUUUAGAGACUCUAUAGAGGGAUCAAGAAAAGGUAGAGAUGCAGAGAACAACAGGGCACAUCACCCAGAGCUUCGAUUCGCCGCUGAUUCUUGAGCGCACCUCCACAAACACACUCCACCUUGCCCAUAUUAGAGCUCUUAAGAACCUUGAGUCAGAGAAAGGCGGAAUUAUUGGACAUUGUGUUCCAUGAUGUGACAAGAACAGAAUGCUGCCUGUUACCCUUCACACAAGCAUUUCCCCUAUAGAAACCUGGAGAGACGUGUGAAAGAUGAAACCAGGAAGGAGUAGGACUGAACGCUUUUACCUGGAUCGGAGCAUCAAGCAAUACAUGCACACACAAAACUCCCCUUUAUUCUUACAAAAUUGCUGUUGUAUCCUUCAUAUAGGCUUUCAAAAGUCUGUUUGAUGCAUUUCAGGGUCUUCCGUACGCCAUAUCUGGGAGUUCCGUCUAAUCUAGAGCAGAGAAUAUUGUGUUUGUUCUGUCACUGUCUUUGUCAUUUGAAACGGUUCAAAGUCUCACGGUAAUGAAUGUGUGUCUGGUAACUGAAAAUAGGAAAAAAAAAAACUACAUAAGGACUGCAAAAACUAUUAUUGUAACCAAAUACUAGUGGUUCAGAUUAUAUUUUAUUAAUUGCUUCUCAUUUUAUACAUCAUAUGUAUUGUUCUGAUUAUUAUUUUUUGAUAAAGAAGCUUUUUACUGGGGAUUUAUAUGCUAGCAGAGAAGAUAUUACUGGCCACUGGAUGGAACGGGCGAUCAUAGCCGAACUCUGCCACUGUCAGGCCGAGGAACAAGAAAAGAUCUUUUGUUCAUUUCCUGAGUGCUUUGGAGGAAAACCACACUUGUAAAUAACAGUCAGUCAUAUAUGCAAAUAACACUUACAAUCUCUUUGACAUGUCACUCCACAGUUUUUUGCUGCCCUGUGAUCAUAUUCCUGUUGUGUGUAUUCCCCCUCAUUCAAACCAGUGAUAUUAAAAAUAUGAAUAGUGA